AUGAUUUUAUUUUCAAAUAAAUCUUAAUAAAAUAUAAUGUCAAAUAUAUUUUUACCUCCCGAUUUAAUUAAAUCUAAUUCGUGGAUUCAAUCUUUUGAUAAAUAUAAGGAUCUUUAUAAAAGGUCAUUAGAAUCUCCAAAUGAGUUCUGGGAACAAUUUGCACUACAAUAUUACUGGAAAGAAUUACCUAAAUUUAAUGCUGUAUGGAAUUUUGAUAUUAAUAAAGGACCAAUAAAUAUAAAAUGGUUUGACGGUGGUUUAACUAACAUAUCCUAUAAUUUACUGGAUGCUAAUAUAAUAAAGGGUUUAGGAGAUCAACCAGCUUUCAUAUGGGUUCCAAAUGAUCCUUCUGAGAACCAUGCUCAAAUAACUUACAAAGAAUUAUUAAGGGAGGUUUGCAAAUUUUGUCAUGUUCUCAAACAUAAAGGUGUUAAAAAAGGAGACCGUGUAUGUCUUUAUAUGCCAAUGGUAAUUCAAUUGCCCAUUGCCAUGCUUGCUUGCUCUAGAAUAGGAGCCAUUCAUUCAGUUAUAUUUGCAGGUUAUUCAGCUGAGUCCGUCGAAGAAAGGAUCAAGGAUGCCAACAUAAAUAUUAUAAUCACAGCGGACGGAUAUUACCGAGGUGACAAAUUGAUAACUUUAAAACCCAUAGUAGAUCAAGCCAUUCAAUUUUCCUCGAACGACGGAAUCGACAUAAAAUCGUGUAUAGUGGUAAGGCACGUCACUCCCUCCAAAAAUAAUUCAGUGGCCAACGGUGAAAUCCAUCAUAAUAUAUCUAAUUCAAUUUCUCCCGUUAACCAUGUAGAGACCCAUUCUUCUCCAAACCGGAUGAAAUCUCAAAAAUUAAUUUCCCUUGUCGAAAAGCCCUCUAAUCACGAAUCUUGCCAUAGACCCAUCCAAAAUUACAAAAUUCCAUGGAACGACCGAAUAGAUUCUUGGUGGGACGACGAAAUGUCGAAAAUAACCCAAAAUAGCGAAAAUGAUUUUUACUUUGAGCCAGAGUGGUUAGACCCCGAAGCUCCCUUAUUUAUGCUGUAUACGAGCGGCUCGACAGGCACUCCCAAAGGUGUACUUCACACCUGCAUCGGCUACCUUAUGUACGCGGCGGCCACUUUCAAAUACGUUUUUGACUACCACCCGGGAGACGUGUACUUUUGCUCGGCUGACAUUGGCUGGAUAACAGGCCAUUCCUAUGUGGUCUAUGGGCCUCUAGCUAACGGAGCCAUCAGUAUCAUAUUCGAAGGAAUUCCCACUUUCCCCGAACCCGAUAGAUAUUGGCAGAUCAUAGAGGAAUUCAAGGUUAAUCAGUUCUACACUUCUCCUACGGCUAUACGAGCUUUAAUGAAAUUCGGCACCGACAUCGUCAAAAAGCAUGACCUAUCUUCUCUCUCCAUCUUGGGCACCGUGGGGGAGCCCAUAAAUCCAGAGGCUUGGCUCUGGUACUACAAAGUGGUUGGUCGCGGGAAAUGCGUCGUCGUAGACACUUAUUGGCAAACGGAAACCGGGGGACACGUUUUAACGCCUUUGCCCGGAGCCAUGCCUACCAAACCUGGUUCAGCGGCUCUUCCUUUUUUCGGGGUUGAACCUGUUAUACUGGACGAAAAUGGUCACGAGGUUGAAGAUGGAAAGGACGGAUUUUUAUGUUUCAAAAGACCCUGGCCCGGAAUAAUGAGAACUGUUUACAAUUGUCAAGAAAGAUUUGAAAAGGGAUAUUUUACUAAAUUUCCGGGUUAUUAUACGACAGGAGAUGGUGCUCACCGAGAUUCAGAUGGGUAUUACUGGAUAGGCGGACGCGUCGACGACAUGAUGAACGUGAGCGGACAUCUCUUAAGCACAGCGGCCGUUGAAUCGGCCCUAAUUCACCGCAGUCGAACAUGUGACAGUAAACAAGAUAAUAAUGAUAUCCCUGUGGCAGAAGCGGCUGUUGUUUCAAUACCUCAUCCGAUUAAAGGCGAGUGCCUCUAUUGUUUCGUUACUCUUAAGAAUGGUUACUCGUUUACCGACGAACUUGUUAAAGAACUCAAAGAAACUAUCGCAGAAAAGAUUGGUAGGUUUGCUAUACCCGAUUACAUUCAGAACGCGCCCCUCCUUCCCAAGACAAGGUCCGGAAAAAUUAUGAGACGAAUACUAAGGGCUAUCGCCCAAGGAAGUGGCAAGGAUAAGUUAGGCGAUAUUUCUACUUUAGCCGAUGAAAGCGUCAUCGAUCAAUUGAUAUCCAAUCGUGUGGGAGAAAAUCCUUGAAGAAAAAUACAUUAAUUUGUAUACUUUAUAAAAAAAAUUGUAAUCUCGUUUGUAAAAUAUAACAUAGUUUUUUUUAUAUCAAGCAUAGAGACAUAUUUAUUAAAGCUAGUGACAUAAAAAAAUUUAAAAAAAAAUGAUAUAAAAAUUGAUGGACCAAAUAACGCUUCUAACAGUAUUCCAAGAAAAGUUAGCUUCUCUUGCUGGAAAUUUGUAAUAUUAUACUUACAUACAAUUUAUAAGAGAUUAGAGAACUCGAAAGCCGUAUUAAUUUAUAAUAUUUUUUUUGUAAAAAGAAACGUAAUUAUUUUUCAAUAUUUUUAAAAACACAAUUAAUGUCUUCCUUUUAAAAUUGAAAUAAAAUCAUUCUCCUAGAAGUUAUUUUUCGUUUUGAUUUAUUAUUGUUUUUAACUUAUAAAAUUACACCCAUUUAUUUUGACAAAUAAAAACAUUAAACUUUUAACCUUUUGAAACCGUAUUAAGUUACAAAACACACAACAAUACAAUAAAAUAAGCGAAAUAUUCUGAAUGUAAUAAACCAAAUUUGAGCUAAUAAUUUGUUCAGUAUUUAUUGUUUAAAAAAAUCCCGACGUAAUAACGAGGGUAGAAUUUAACCCAUUGGCACUGAUAAUAAAAAAUUAGUUUAUGUUCAUGAAAUAUUUCAUAUGUAUUUUUUUAAUAUUUAAAUAUUUACUCACUUUAUUAGAAUAAUAUGUAUAAUUAUUCACCACAUUCCUUUAAAAAUGCACUAAUGAAUUUAUAAAAAAUUAUAUCAUUUCACUCCCAAUCGCAUCUCAAUGAUAAAA